UGUAAAAGAAAAUAUCAUAAGCUAAAGAGGUAUUCAGAGACAGCCUUUUAAAUAUAUUUAAACAUUUUCUUUCUUCUUUGUAUGUUUGAAGGCAAGGAAAGAAUCCAUUUGUAAGUUAAGGAAGUUCCUUCCUUGUAGUUUCUUAGAGUUCACUUUCCAAUGCUCUUCUUCUUUUAUAUAUAAAUAACUCAAUACUCAACUCUUUCUUCAACAAAACCACCAUCUUAAUUUUUUGUUGCCUUAUUCUCUCUCUUGUUUCUUUUCAAAAGCACUAUAAAAACAAACUCUUGUUCUUUGCUCUGUCUAAAGCUUUCUACUUCUGCUUCAACAUUUUGAUAUCCUACUUUACAUUUCACAAGUUUACUCUUUGAUUCUUUUUCAUCAAAAGAGAGAGAAAAAAAGAUGGGAGUUGGAGGAACUUUGGAGUAUUUGUCUGAUCUAAUGGGAAGUGGCCAUAAACACAAGAAGAAGAAGCAAUUGCAGACAGUUGACCUGAAGGUGAGAAUGGACUGUGAUGGGUGUGAGCUUAAAGUUAAAAAGGCACUCUCUUCAUUAAGUGGAGUUAAAUCUGUGGACAUAAACAGGAAGCAACAGAAAGUGAGUGUUAGUGGUUUUGUGGAAGCAAGCAAAGUGCUUAAGAAAGCCAAGUCAACAGGAAAAAAAGCAGAGAUAUGGCCUUAUGUACCUUACAACCUAGUGGCUCAGCCUUAUGCAGCUCAGUCUUACGACAAGAAAGCUCCUCCUGGUCAUGUAAGGAAAGUUGAGAACACUGCCACAACUGGCACUGUUACAAGAUAUGAUGACCCUUACAUCACCAUGUUCAGUGAUGACAACCCAAAUGCCUGUUCUAUCAUGUAGAUCCCAAAAUUCUAUGAAUAACUGUAAAAUUCCCAUUUAAUUAGCUCUCUCUCUUUACAAAAUUUCUUUCCAUGUAGCCAUGUAGGAAUUAAGAUUUGGUGAUGUUUGAUAUAUUUUUGUUAGUAUCUCUUCUCUACACUUGGCCAUUGUGUAGUAUGUGGUUUUAAAGUUUAGGUUAGUUUUUUUUUUUUUUCUCUUUCUCUGAGAGGGUCUUGGUCCUCUUGGAGGAGUGAAAAUGGUUUUGGUUUGUGGGUAUUGGGGUUGGUUGUAGAGUCAUGAAUUGUUGUGAUGAAUCAAUAGUAGUUUCAUCAUAUUUUCAUUUCUUUCUAUUAUUACAUAAUUUUGUACAUGUCUGGCAUUGCUUUAUCUAUUCAACACAGCUAUAUCUUCCUCUAAAAAGAAA